AAACGGACAAGAUGUGCAAAAAUCUGAAUUUUGAUAAAACGAUAACUUUGCAAGGCUAUAAAAUCCGAUUGAACGCCGUCGAAAUGAAACCGUAUAUAAAAAUCGAUUUGAGUUUAUCGGAUGAAGAGAAAUUUCGCGGCGAUAAUAGCGAAAUCAUCAAGAUAUUAUUAUACAAAUUAAAAGCGUCUCUAGCAAUCAAGAUUUAUAACGGCAGUAUCUACGGACUCGGUGGUAUAGGACCGAAUGGUACUCUAGAGGGUUUGAUGGCCCCUCUGAGCGACGGCAAGAUAGACAUUGGCAUGAAUACGAGAAGUUUGUUUAUAUUGUGGAAAACCAGAUACACAUAUCCCCAUACAAGAUCAGGCGUUUGUGUGAUAGCACAACCACAUUCAAAAAUCUCCCAAUAUAUCAGGCUGUUAAAAUUUAUGUCACCAGAAGUGAUAGUAGGAAUAGUCAUAACGUGUCUGUUGGCUUAUGUACUAUUCACGAAGAGCGAGGGAUACAUAAAAGCCAGCUUACAGGUGAUAAGACUUGUGAUCUGUGUGGGAAUUCUACAUCCACCAAAAAUUAGUUCCACCAGAAUUUUUAUAUGCAUGAUAUUGAUUCUAUUCCUCAACAUAAACGCUUUAUUCCAAAGCCACCUAUCAGCAUUGCUCACUGUGCCGAUUUAUUAUCGCGAUAUUGACACCACAGAAAGUCUUAAGAAAUCCGGAUACACUAUAUACGGACCGCGUCAAUUCAAACGAUUAUUGAACGAUCCUGUAUUGGAAUCGCGCUACGUCGAAGUCACGUAUGAAGAAUGCAAGAAAUUCGUAGAGAAUUCGACGAACGCUGUGUGCUUGGGGGACUGUUACCACUUGUACUAUAGAAUUAAGGGCCAAGAUCUUAUUAAAUCAAGAAUAUUGUUCGAGUUGACAAAAUCGUAUGUCACUCGCGAAGAUUGGCCAUUGUAUCAACGAGUGAACGAUAUUAUUCGAUACAUGACGCAGGCCGGCUUAAUCAUGAAAUCCCGAGCUGACUCUGUUACGGAGAUUAGACGCGAGAGAUUCAGGAAUGAUGAAAAAAAAAAAGGCUUUAAAGUGAUGUUGCUGAAGCAGCUUGCGUUCAGCUUUUAUUUUCUCAUCAUAGGAUAUAGUUGCGCCACUAUAGUCUUCAUAUUGGAAUUGAUAAUUGGUCAAUCGGUUUCUAGAUCUGAGAACCAAAUAGGAAUAAGAAAAAGUACGGGAAAGCAACUAAAAACUAGGACAAACGACGAAAUCCCGAAAAUGUUAGCUUGGAAUUAA